AUGUUGUAUAUUAAUAAGAGACUGAAGAAGGCAAAGCCAAACUAUACUGCGGCCCAUAGAGGUCACAUGCGUGCUUUGGAGCACGAACGGCGUGCCUCCGCCAAGAAAAUCAUCUGGGCCAACAUCAGGGCUGAUAUGAUUUUCGCUGCUGAACAGCGCGCAAAGGCACUUCUUCCCGUCCAACCUGUCUCACCCAAGAGGUCCCAGAACGAGAAGGAAAGACGUGCGGCGGCGGCUGCUGCUAUCAAGCAGAGACGUCAUGAUCGCAGAGCUGCUGCAGCAAUAGCUAGAAAAGAAGCAGAAGAGAGGGCUGAAGCUGAAGAAAGAGCCGAAGCAAACGAAGUUGCGAGCCUCGCUCGGCAGUUUUGGGAGUUGCGGUUGGCGGAGCGGUGGUUUGAGGGUGGCAAGAAUGAUAACGAGGAUGACUACGAUGAGGAAGAAGAUGAAGGGGAAGUGAAGAGCAAGUUGAGGGGUUGGUUUGGGCUGUGUGAGAAAGAUGACGAUGCGGAUGAAUCUAAUGGUGGAGGUAACAGUGGGGGAGGCGAGGCGAGAAUGGAUGGAAAUGGUCAGGUGUGGUUCGAGGCGUGGACGUGGUGA